AGAAGCCAUUAUGGUGUGUUUCUUCAAGACGAGUGGGACCUUCUUGAGAAAAUGAUUAAACUGGCUGAUGAAAAACUUUCCGUGCCCAUUACUUGCAAAAUCCGGGUCUUCCCAGAGAUUGAGAAAACUGUGAAGUAUGCCAAAAUGCUGGAAAAGGCAGGAUGCCAGCUCCUCACAGUUCAUGGCAGAACUAAAGAUCAAAAGGGGGCUUUGACGGGCAUUGCAAGUUGGAAGCACAUAAAAGCUGUACGAGAGGCUGUAAACAUUCCCGUUUUCGCCAAUGGAAACAUCCAGCACCUGAGUGAUGUUCAGCGCUGCAUGGAGGAGACUGGAGUACAAGGUGUCAUGAGUGCAGAAGGGAAUCUCCACAAUCCUGCCCUGUUUGAAGGCUGUAGUCCACCUGUGUGGGAGAUGGCUGAGGAGUACCUGGAGGUUGUGGAGAAACACCCACCCUGUAGUCUGUCUUAUGUCCGUGCUCACAUCUUUAAACUAUGGCACCACACCUUACAGAUACACCAAGACCUGAGGGAGGAGCUGGCCAAAGCAAAAAACGUAGCUGGGGUUGCAGAGGUCAACAGACAGCUGAAACAACGUUGCCAGAAGGAGAUGGCUAAAGAUGAAUCAGAAUGGACUAAGACUCGACUUCCCUUUCCUCACUGGAUAUGCCAGCCCUACGUCAGACCACCGCCCAAGGAUCCAAACACUGAAAAUGGGCAGAAAGCACCGGAAACAAAAGCUGUGAGUGUAAAGAGGGCACUGGAGGACGGCGACGGAUCCAGCGACUCCCUGUCCAAGAACAAGCAGAAGAAGAAAGCCCGUAACCCCAACAAAAACUUCUGUCCAGAGCUGAAACCUAAAUACAUUAAGUGUGAGCAGUGUGGAAACCCUAAAGGGAACAAGUGUGUGUUCAACUUGUGCCGUGGCUGCUGCAAGAGGAAGGCUUUCAAGGAAGUGGCUGAUUGUCCUGGCCAUGGAUUGAGAUUCAAAACCAAGGCUUUGAAACAGUGUAACUCAGAUACGGGUGGUGGGCUGACUAAUGGGACAGUUUCCACUGCAGUCCAUGAUCCAUUGUAAAGCAGAUGUGUGCUGGAUAUGGGCAACCGUGACAUCUGAAGACACAUUGAACUGAUUUAUCAUUUAACAUUGCUGCACUGAAUUGGAUGUACAAGACUGCAUUUGUGGCCAAAAUUGGUUUGUCACUGUUGUUGAUAUGUGAUUUGGAUCCAUAUCACACCAAAUGAACUCAACAUGCAAAGAAACAGGCGUAGAAAAGAUCAGUGCUACUGUUACUUAGGCUAGUCCAUCUGUAGAGUCAUUGUUUUCUGUAACGAAGUACCACUUUCUGGACUGCUGUUGGGUGAAUAGUUCCAUGUUCUUAAUAUUUUAAGAUUGCUUAUUAGAAUAGUAUAUUUUGAUAAUUACUGGGAAAGUGGUAUAUGAAGCAGCCACUCUUACUGCACAAACCUGUACUGCUCCCUGCUCACCUUAGAGGAGCUGGACUUUUAACUUGGGACGCUCUGUGGAAAUAACUGAUGGACACCUUCACUCAAACAUUAUUUGAACUGCAUUUUUACUAUAUUUAUUGUCUUCCGAAACGAAAGAUAUGGCAGAUUUGUAUGUUGCAACCACAAUCAAACACCUUUGACUUUUAAUGCAUUUUUAUAUAUAUU